AUGGUUGCCCUUACGUACAGGGAUAAGGCAAGUGCAACAGCUGCCUCCCUCCUUAAGGAUGAGAGUUUUAAAAUUAAGUAUCCGGCGCUGGCUCGGGCUCUCAGAGAGUCUGUGGAGCCUGUGGAAGCUAGCUGCGGUGGCGAGGGCUCUAGCCGUGCAGCGAAGCAUUCACCCGGCCAACAGGAAACAGCUAACCCAUCGCCACCUACCACGGGAGUGAAACACGAUGAAGAAGGAUUGGAUGUAGCAGCUGGUAAGGACUCUGUUGCAACUAAUUUCUGCACUGCAGCAGAUCAGAGCGUUCCUGCGUCGUCUGACACAGGCGCAACGACGCAGAUCCCUGCAGAACAGCAUCAGCUUUCUAGUGGGACCAAAUCUCCCUCUACAGCACUGACACAGAGUAACGGAGGUGCCUCUAGUGCGGAGCAACAGACUGCGCCGCAGUCUGCUGCCCAGACCACGCCGCAGCGGACAGCAAAUUCCACUCGUGAGACGCCCAGCGACAGCGGCUGGCCGCAAGAAGUGGGGAAUGCGACAUCAGCAUCUGCCAAUGGGGGGGCGGUCCCCACUAUAGUUGGCGAGGGAAAGCCUCUGGACCCUCCGUUGCACUAUAUGAAGCGGUUAGAGGAGUUGCAACAGGGAUACAUGCGCAUUAUGCAGCAGCGGAACUCAGUCGAACUACAAUACCAUCUUCUACACAGUACAGGACGGCCCCUUUUAGGUACCAGGCAGCCUGGCCCCGCGUCUCUUAGUUCGUCUCCUUCAUUUAUGCUUCCGUCCACCUCAACUCGCCUUCUAGGGCCAUCGGACGUGACCGGAUGGCACCAAGGCACUAGAGAACAGCAGCAGCAGCAGCAAGCGAUCAUGCAGCUUCAGCGUGUGUCUCCUCCCUGCUUACCAAGGGGUGUGCCGUGGGCGCCGGCAGAGAGCACUCCCACAGCACUGCAUCCGACCAGUGGGCCAGAGAGCUUCGCCGACCGCACCGCCUCCCUCUACCAACUUCAGCAGCAUUUGCACCAGGAAAGGCCGCGCCCAACGGUAGAUCCAGCAGUUUUGUACGAAAAAACAGGUAUGGACUUGGCUGUCCAACACCUAAGAGACCAAGCAGAACGGAUGCAUACCCAAAGCCGUGAUAUAACGAGGGCCAUUAUUCAAAAGAAGCAACAAGCCGAGCUUGAGGCCCUCAAAGAGAAGAAUGCGCACCCUCUCUUGACGGAACUGACAUCGGAGCAACAGCGUCUGAUCGAAGAGCAGCUCCGAUGCAUAGAUGAGGCAAGUCAAGCUUCUGGGGCACGCGGGGACAUUGCACUGGCUCAAGCAGAGGCAGCUCGCAUUGAACAUAGGAGCCGCGACGCUUUUUACCAUGCAGCAUAUGCUGAGAAGUACGAAUCUUGCUUGCCAGAUAUUGCCUUUGGGGGCCUAAGUUGGCUGUUGUCAGGUGCAGACCCGGAGUUGGUUAGACUGCAUGCUGAACGUAUGAAGGAGAUAUCUGCCAUUCAAGCGACAAACCCGUUGCCAAAUCAGUCUCUAACAACUCGAGCUGUGGCUGAGGGGUUCUCUGACCCAUUGGAAGAAAUGGCGGAGCGCAAUGUAGACUUCAGAGAGCAAAGGCUUUCCGCUGCAGCUGCUCAGCUUGCUGUCUCACGCAUGCUGCGCAACUUGGGUUACAGGCAGGAUAUAGAAGGUGGCGUACCUGUGCGUCGCGGGGAUGGCCCUGCAAUAUACAAAUCUAAGUUUCCCGGUAUAUACCCAGAGCCCGAGUAUGCAGACGCCUUGCCUGUAAGUCAGCAAGCUAGACGCGAGUUGUUCCUCAAAAUGCAGCAGGAUGAUGGGAAAGUGCGCGCAUUUGGGGAUUUUGUGGAGGAGGCCACCAGGAAAGAAGCGGAUGCCAUUCGGAGUAUGAUGGGGGAAGACGAACGAAUGAUGGAGCAACAGAGGGAGAAGAGGGAAGAAGACGACGAUUGGGCCAGGAUUUGCCUGAGCAAACUCCACUCAAAGAACAUUGCCCUUCAGGAAGCUGGGGAAGCACGCGCAGAGGCUGAGGAGGCGAAAAGGUGCCUGGAGGAGAUGCGCAGAAGAGAAGAGCAGCUUAUAGCCGAGCGGGAUGCUAUGAGUGAACUAGCCCGUAGGCGUGAGGAGGAGGCGGCUCGCGCGAUUGAAGAAGCAGAACGACAAGCAGCUGCGGCAGCGGCUGCAGCAGCUGCAGCAGCUGCGGCAGCGACCAGAAGUCCAAGCCGUUCUCCUACUCUAACAGUCGAAGCAGCUGCGAGCGGCGUUCCACGACGUGGCGCGUCGUCACUAAGCCGGUCACGCACAGUUUCGCUGUCUCGAGCACCGAUACAUUCACCUUCCGAACAUCAUGACGGAACUCCUAGCCGAGCUCCAACCAAAGAAGUGCCAGCUAAUGAUGCAACCCCUCGCCUGAACAUGACAGUACAAGACUCCUUUGAGAUUGCGGCUCCGAAACGCCUGCACACAGCGAUUCCUCAGCAGGGCAGGCGGAAGGGGGAGCUCUUGAACAAUGCCCUAGCAGAGCGAUUGCCGCCGUACAGAUGCGAAGAGUUCGUCUUCCUUUCCCCCCCUGUCGAAGCUACGCCUGUCAAACUAAAGUUCUUGUAUGGGCAAUUGAAGAAGGUUUUUUCUUCUGGAGAGUUGGGCAGCAGCGAACACGUACAAUUGGUGUACGACUUCGCAGUUGGCUGCUGUCAGGAGUUCGUUCGAGAGGAUCCGGCUUCACAGGAAUACGCGAACGCCCUUAUACAGUCUCUGCCUUACUACCCGUACCAGAUUGACAUCCAGCGUGCAGGGAUCAUUGGCCUUCUCAACGUUUUUGAAUCUUCCAAAUUCCAGGAGCAUCUAGCACCUCCAAUAUUCGAAACCCUGACCACUCUCAUGGCUAUAGAUGACAAGGAGCUGCGAUCGGACAUCAUUGCUGUUGUCAUCAACACAGAUUUGGUGGACCUGCUUUUGCAGCAAAUAGAUGAAUCAUCGGAUUGUGAGAUUGUUGCGUUCUGCAUCCACAUCCUAAUUGUAGCCAGAUCGCCUCAUCGAAAGAGCACACAGUACUCCGUGUUUCUUAAAGUCCUGGGGAAAUGGAAACACGAACCCAUCGUUUUGACGAGAGCCUGCUUGGCGAUAGAUGCUGCUGGGCAACGGGCUCAGCUUGAGGGCUUGGCAGCACACGAGCGGAACAAACAGGGAACCUCCGGACAGCGACUGGAAGAAGGGUACGAACACCUCCGGAGACCACCUAGUUACGGCGAAGACGUUCAGCUGGUCGAAUCUAUAACGCCCAAGUGGAUGCCCGACGACGCCAGUGAUGUGGACAGGGUCUUGGAGGUCAUGCAGUUGCACGCCAACAAUCGGAAGCUUCAGGGUGCAGCUUGCCAAGCAGCGUUUCCUCUUCUCCUGUUGGCGGUGUCAACUCAUCCCGACAGCCAAAGUGUAGCUAGCGGUUUCGCCAAUACGAUUGCGAUUGUUGGAAAAAUAUUCGGUCGGCUGACACUUAGCAUCAUCAUCAGCGCCCUUAAGGACAGCAAAGAUGCGUUCACCCUUUGUGCCAACGUGAAUGAAUUUAUAGCGGCCUUCAGCUAUCACGCCAACUCUCUGGCUGACGCAAGAAGAAGAGCUGUAGACCUUGGGGUAAUUGAAGCGAUUAUCAAGAGCAUGACCGCUUGCGCUAACGAUGCUUUGGUUUGUGCGUACGGCUGUCGAGCUAUAUCGCGUCUUGUUUACAAAGAACCGGACGACUCCAAGAUAUAUGCAGAUCUAAUGAGAACACGAGCAAUGACAACUGUCCUCUUCGUUAUGUUCAAACACUCCGCUGAAUCGUGUCUUGCUGAAGAUGCUCUCAGAUGCACGGCGAACUGUGCAGCUAACGAAAUGUGCACAGCUGCCGUUCUAGAGCGAGGCGUGAACGUCAUAUGCAAGGUCGUCUCUGCGCAUUCGGGCAACAUUGAGGUUGUGGCACAGGGAUGCCGUUGCCUCUGGUUACUGUCAUCCCAACCUGGCCUUCAGCAGAUGACUACGAAUCGUGGUGUUUUACUUAUUGAACACGCCGCAACGAGAUAUUCCGCUACAGGUGACACCAAGCGUCUCGUAACGGAAUUUCUGAUGCGCAUUUUGAAGGGGGAAGGCGUGGCACGCCAGAGCAUUGACCCACUUUGGGACACUGGGCUCGACACACUUGGCCGACUCGACGAAGCACAUUCGCCGCGUGUAGAUGUCCCCGCGAAGCAAAGGCAUCCACCUGACGGCAGCUCGCUGGCCAGACAGAUGACCGCGGCUGCGAGCGUACCCUUGAGCGCAAGAGGACCAAACCCUCUUCAUAUAUAA